GGAAGGAAUAGCGGGCGCACCUUCCGGUCCCGCUCCUCUCGGGCCACGAAGGAGGAGCCGCAUUGCCUGGCAGAGCAGCUGGAGGCUGGUUGCAUGGAGGGAGCCGCCAGCGGAAGUUUUCGGCCAGCGGCUACAUCUCUGCCAUCAUGGUGAAAUCAUGUUGUGCAAUAAACUGCAACAACAAAUUUUUGCUGGGCAACAAUAUCUCAUUUCACAGGUUUCCUCUGGGGAAAAAAGAUCUGUUGAAAAAGUGGGUUUGGAACAUCCGCCGCAAGAACUUCACUCCCACGCGGCACCAUGUGAUCUGCUCGGAACAUUUUUGCGAGACAGACUACCUUGAAAACGUAGCUUCCGGGAGGCGGUACUUAAAGCCUGAAGCGAUUCCGACAAUGUUUAACAUACCCGAGCGGCUGAAGAAGGGCGGUAAAAAGAGGCGGCCCCACGUCCGCCGUGAUCCUCCACCAAGCCGUCAGCUGAAAACCAAGGAGAGCGAUGCAGAAGUGCCUUCCCCUGGGAGCGAUGUUGUGGGGCUGGAGCACUCCUACUCUCUCCCAGCCAGUCCAGCCCGGGAUCUUCGCUUGGCAUCUGUGCGGGAGCACGGCCUGACUGACCCCACGGCAGGAAAAGGCCCUCGCUUCCUCCAGCCCAGGCCUUGGAGGGAAUGCAGGGAGAGGACAUGGCAAAACAUCUCGGAGGAGCCCGUCGACAACUCCGACGCCCAUCGCCAACGUUUCCGCCAGUUCCGCUACGAGGAGGUCAAAGGGCCCCGAGAGCUUUGCGACCGGCUCUGGGACCUUUGCCACCAAUGGCUGAAGCCCGGGAAGCACACCAAACUGCAGAUUCUGGAGCUGGUGAUCCUGGAGCAGUUCCUGGCCAGUCUUCCCUGGGAGAUGCAGGAUUACGUCAAGGAAGAGCAACCAGCAAACUGUGAUAGUGCCGUGACCCUUGCCGAGGAUUUCCUGAAGAGAAGGCAAGGGGAAGAGGUGCGGAGGCCGCUGGCCGAGAUGGCGGCCAAUCUCCCUGAGUCCGAGAAGGCUCCCUCGGAGGUGCGGCGUUCGCUGCGGGUCAGGAGGCCCACCAGGAAGGGAGAUGGAAGUUGUGCUUUGCUGGAAGAUGAGCCUGCGAGCGACAACAACCAGGCAGAGAUCAUUCAAGCCGAAGUCCCUGCAUCUGAAGAAGUCGUGUCUCAGGAGGAAGUUUCCUCCGUGACUGAGGCUGCUGAAAUUGUGCCGGUGAGCGAUGGUUGGCAGAGCGACGAUGAAGGGGAGCUGUGUGGGGCACCGUGCGAAGGAAGCGAGGGCACAGAGAUGGAGGAGAACUCCAGGGGUCUGGGAAGAACAAAGAGGCGACAGGGAUCUGAGGCACCUGAGAAGGGGAAGAAGAAACGGGCAGCAGGCAAUGAUCAAGGGCCAGGGAAUGAAGAGGAGAGUCAGCUGGAAACAGCCGAGCGAGGAGGAGAAGAAACUUUGGGGACAGUCAGCGGGAAAUCUCCCCAGGGUCUUAAGACUGAAGGGACACCUGGAAUCCUGCAGCACACAGAGCAUCUGAAGGAGUUACCAGCGAAAGAGAAUCCGUAUAAGUGCCUCUCCUGCGAGGAAAGUUUCCAUAAGCGGUCUCAGCUGGUUAUACACCAGAGGGGUCAUGCUGGAGAGAAACCAUACAGUUGCUCCCAAUGUGGCCAGGGUUUCUCUUCCCGCCCCGAACUUCUCGGCCACGAGACAAGCCACACAGAAGAGAAACCGUAUCAGUGCUCGGACUGCGGGAAGAGCUUUCGGGAACAAGCCUACGUUGUCCAGCACAAGAGGAUCCACACGGGGGAGAGGCCGUUUACGUGCUCCGAGUGCGGGAAGAGCUUCUAUCGCAGAGGGUCCCUUAUUCUACACGAGAGAAUCCACACGGGAGAGAAGCUGUACAAGUGCCCGGACUGUGGGAAGAGCUUCAAUCGGAAGCCGCACCUUGCCGUGCACAGGAGAAUCCACACGGGGGAGAAACCCUACGAAUGCUCCGACUGUGGGAAGAACUUCACCGUGAAAUCUGCCCUCAACGUGCACAUGAGGACCCAUUCCGAAGAGAAGCCGUACCAGUGCUCCGAAUGCGGGAAGAGCUUCCGCGAGAAAGGGACCCUCAACAUACACAAGCAGAGCCACACGGCGGAGAAGCCGUUUCAGUGCUCCGAGUGCAGGAAAAGCUUUGGCCGCAAAGAUUACCUUAUCACACACCGGAGAAUCCACACCGGAGAGAAGCCGUACAUGUGCUCCGUGUGCGGGAAGAGCUUCAACCACGGCGCGACCCUCGUCACACAUAAGAGGACUCACACGGGAGAGAAGCCGUACGAGUGCUCCGAGUGCGACAAAAGCUUCAAGCAGAUUUCGGGCCUUAUAACACACCGGAGAACCCACACGGGAGAGAAGCCGUAUGGAUGUUCCGAUUGCGGGAAAUCCUUCAUCCUGAAAUCGUACCUAGAUGUGCAUAAGCGGACUCACACCGGAGAGAGACCGUAUCAGUGUUCACACUGUGGGAAAGGGUUCUCGUGCUCCUCUUACCUUUUAAGACAUGAGAAAACCCACACUGGGGAGCGAUCGCACAUAUGCUCUGACUGUGGCCAAAGUUUCCAUUGGAAACGGUCCCUGAUCAUGCACAUGAGGAAACAUACAGGGGAGCAGAACGUACAUGAUUGCACCAUCUGUGGCAAAAGCUUCAGCUGGUCGUCUGCUCUUAACGUACACAUGAGAACCCACACCGGGGAGAAGCCGUACGUGUGCUCCGAGUGCGGGAAAAGCUUCAGUGGCAAAUGGAUCCUCAUUCAGCACAAGAGAAUCCACACGGGGGAGAAGCCGUACGAAUGCCCCGAGUGCGGGAAAUGCUUCCAUGUGAAAUCCUCUCUCCUCGCGCACCAGAGGACCCACACAGGGGAGAAGCCCCACGAGUGCUCCGAGUGCGGGAAGAGCUACAGCGUGAAAGCCAACUUCACCGCGCACAUGCGGACGCACACGGGGGAGAAGCCGUACGAGUGCACCGAGUGCGGGAAAAGCUUCUACAAGAAAGACCGCCUCAUGACGCACAAGAGGACCCACACGGGAGAGAAGCCCUACCAGUGCUCCGAGUGCGGGAAGGGCUUCAACUGGAAAGUUGGCCUGAUCAACCACAUGAGGAUCCACACGGGGGAGAAGCCGUACGCCUGCGCCGCGUGCGGGAAGUGCUUCCACAAGAAGGACCACCUGGCGCGCCACGAGAUCAUCCACACGGGAGAGAAGCCGUACACCUGCUUCGACUGCGGGAAGAGCUUCAACCAGAAAGUCGCCCUCCUGGUGCACAAGAGGACCCACACGGGAGAGAAGCCCUACAAGUGCUCCGAGUGCGGGAAAAGCUUCAGCUGGAAAAAGUCCCUGAUCACACACAAGGCGGCUCACACGGGAAAGAAGCCGUAUCAGUGCUCGGAAUGCACCGAAAGCUUCAGCAGGAGAGCCCAGCUUGCCGAACAUGAACAGAUGCACAUAGGCUUCAUUGCCGAAUCUACGGAGCUCACCGUGGAGGAAAUCAGCACCGCCGUGAUGAGCUUGGAUUGCAAUGCCAUUAUUCUGACCACUGCUGUAUAGAGCAGGAAACAUUGGGAAGCUGCACUUGGGAUUCUGGAAGCUAGCCAGUUUGCUGAACCUGAUUUUUUUUUAAAAAAAGAAAAAGCUUUUUACAUAUGCCGCUGCAGCAGAGUAUCUUUAACCUUCUCAUGAAUUCUGUGCGGAAACUCAAUCCCUUUUCAGGGCUUGGUUAUUUUGCAACUGCUUCAAAAUUAUUGAAAUAUCUCCCAAGAACAUCUCCUCCCUCUCUCUCAAUCCUUCUGGUCGUUGAAGCCCCCAUCUGGCUUUUAAUCCAUGUCAGCACUAUAUAAAAACCCUUGUCUUCGCUUGCAUUUUCCGAAGGAUAUAGCUCUGAAUAAAACUCUUUAGAAUCGAA